AAUAUCACUACAGAAGCCCAGUGAGCUUCAGACUUCAGUUGAAGACAUUACCAGAAUAUUUCAGCUCUUAACUUCCCAAGGACACAGAGACUCCAGAUGGCGGCUCUUUUGAUGAACCUGAAGCAGCCGAACUGCAUCUACAUUUAUGUGUAUCUGUGUCUGGCAACCCUUGCUGUGGUGAACGCAGAGGAAACGUUACAGCCCAAACCCAGUGAGACUAGGACUGAGGAAAGAUUUAAUGUCUUACCACCCAGAGGAACUGCAAAGACUCCAGCCCAUCCAAUGGAAGUAGCAGCCCUCGGAAGACCUUUGUUUCCCGGUAUGCUGUAUGACCUUCGCAGGGAUUCCUUCAUUCCAGGUGUUACUCUGUGGGAUAAGAAAUCACUGAGUGAAGAUUUGGACAGUCAUCCACAGCCCAGAACAGUUGUGAUGGUCCAUAGCUCUGACUCUCUCUCAAGUAAAUUCGAUCUCCUGGAUGUAAGUGCUUCCCUAAAGGCCAGUUUCUUGGGGGGGCUUGUGGAGGUGAGAGGAUCCGCCAAGUACCUUCAUGACACCAAAUCCUCCAACCAACAGUCCAGAGUUACAGAAUAUUUCAGUGAAACCACAAGAUUUGAACAACUCACUAUGAGUCAAAUGGGCCAGAUCACCAACCCUCAGGUGUUUGAGCAGAAAACUGCAACUCAUGUGGUCGUUGCUGUGCUGUAUGGAGCUCAGGCAUUCAUGGUGUUUGAUCUGACAUUUUCAGAAGAGGAAAACAAGCAGGAGGUUGAGGAAGAACUGAAUGUUAUGGUCAAAAAGAUCCCUGAGUUUUCUAGUGAGGCAAAUGCAACUUUAAAAAUGACUGAUGCUGAAAAGAAAAUGGCUGAGAAGAUCGCCUGCACAUUUCACAGUGACGUCCACCUUAAGCAGAACCCCACCACAUACAUGGAGGCCUUGAGUUUGUACAAGACGCUCCCUACUCUGCUGAAGAAUCCACAGAAUCAAGUUCCUGUAAAAGUCUGGCUUUAUCCUCUUCAUCUUUUGAACUCAAAGGCAGCUCAGGUAGAGAGAGAAAUCAGUACAAGUGUGGCUCUUGAAACCGAAGCUAUAAUCGAGGAGCUGGGGGAGGCAGAGAGGAAAUACAAUGAGCUGUCAGGAAACACACUGGUUAAUAGUUUCAAAGACAUUAAAGAGAGGCUGCGCUCAUUUCAGAAAUCAUUUAGCACAUACAAGUCAAUGCUUGUGGAAGCAGUUGGCAGGGUCUUGUCUGCUAUUCGAGGAGGAGAGGAGGAGGAGAAGUCUCUGAAAGACAUCCUGAAGAUCCACAGGAGCUCCCCAUUCGGUGCUGAGAUGCUUAACCAGUGGUUAAAUGAUGCAAAGACUGAACUUCACAUCUUGAGUUCUCUCACCAAGUCACUGGAUGGGAUCAAAAUUGAAGACUCAGACCACUUCAACACCAUCCUUCUUAAUCCUGAUUUUCCUGAAGUGAUUUGCUUUACCUUCACAUCUUUGAACUAUAAAGACCCAUAUCUUUCAGUCUUGAAAAAGUUCCUGAAAUCUGACAGAUUUACAGAGCUAGAAGGGAAACUUGACAUGAUUUCUGUGACACCUAUCAGAAAGUGGUUUAAUGAUUUUGAUCUUAUCGCAAAGAUGAGAUUUAACAUCAAUGUCUUCAAAGGUUUACCAAAGCUGUUUGAGGGAAAGAAAGUCCUUUUUGUUAUUUCUGCCAUCUCAGAUCCCUCCAAUUCAGGUUCCUCCAUCUAUCUGUAUGAAGAUGGAAAACUGAAGGACAAACAAGCGCAGAAUUCUUUCAGUGUGCUUUCAGGAUUGGAGAACUGAUUCAGGGAAUUCUGUUAAAAUGAAUCUCAGAUUCAAUAAGUGAUUUAUACACAAACAUUAAAUGUCAUUUUCAUUAUUAAAGCACCUCAAAUUUCUCAGUAAACCUUGUUUUUGCUAAUAUCGUGCUCUAAGGCACUGUCUACUGUCCAAGCUGUGAGAAAAUUUACAUAGAUAAAGUAUUGCCCAGGGUUUGAAAUGCUUGCACAUCCCACCAGUGCCAUGUCAACUGCAUCUCAUUUGUGUAAAAAAAAUAUUGGAGAUGAAUUCAGUAUUUA